AAUUGCCAACUCUUUCCCCUUAGAGAGAGAAACAAACAAACAAAAAAAAUCUAGAGGGAGAAUAAGAAACGCGACGUCCACAACAAUGCCGAGCAAGCUGAAAAAAGCGAUUGGAGCGGUCAAAGACCACACGAGCAUCAGCCUCGCCAAAGUCGCCACCGGAGCCAACGGAGGCGGCGAUCUCACCACCCUCGAGGUAGCCAUCCUCAAAACCACGAGCCACGACGAGGACGUCCCGAUCUACGACCGCCUCGUCUCAGACAUCCUCGCAAUCAUCUCCUCGAAGAAAUCGCACGCCGCCGCUUGCGCCGCCGCCAUCGGACGCCGCAUCGGACGAACAAAGAACUGGAUCGUCGCGCUCAAAUCCUUAGUCCUCGUCCUCAGGAUCUUCCAAGACGGAGCCCCUUACUUCCCUCGCGAAGUCCUCCACGCCAUGAAACGCGGCGCGAAAAUAUUAAACCUCUCAACCUUCCGCGACGAUUCGAACUCGUGCCCUUGGGAUUACACAGCCUUCGUCCGCACCUUCGCGCUAUACCUCGACGAGCGGCUCGACUGCUUCCUAACCGGGAAAUUACAAAGACGUUACACUAACCGGGACCAAACCGGACGAAUAACCACCUCCAAAUCCCGGUUUAGUCCUAAAUUAAAUGAACCGGCGGUUAGAGACAUGAAACCGGUUAUGCUCCUCGACAAGAUCACGCACUGGCAGAGGUUGCUAGACAGAGCCAUCGCGACGCGGCCGACGGGAGACGCGAAAGCCAACAAGCUCGUGAAGAUGUCUCUCUACGCCGUCGCGCAGGAGAGCUUCGACCUCUACAGAGACAUCUCCGACGGGUUAGCUCUUCUCCUCGACAGCUUCUUCCAUCUCCAGUACCAGUCUUGCAUGCACGCGUUUCAAGCGUGCCUUCGAGCUUCGAAGCAGUUCGACGAGCUCAACGGAUUCUACGAUCUCUGCAAAUCCAUCGGCGUGGGGCGCACGUCUGAGUACCCUAGCGUUCAGAAGAUCUCGUUAGAGCUUCUCGAGACGUUGCGGGAGUUUUUGAAAGAUCAGUCGUCGUUUCCGCCGCCGCCGAAUAGUCUUCUUCCUCCUCCGCAGCCUCAGGUGACGGUUUCAAGCUCGCCUGAGGCUUCGGAGAGGUACUGGGACUGUGGGGGGUCGUUUCGGAGUACUUCUUUGGAGGAUUUGAUGAGCAGGACUGAUGCGGGGACUAGUAGUCCUCCGAUGUCGUGUCAGUCAGAGCCUUACGGAGGAGGGAGAGAUGAUCUUAACGGGAAUAACUUCGAUACGGUUUCGACUAAGUCUCUUCCUAACAAUCCAUCUGUUUCUGCCAAAGAGAAGAAGAAGGAAGAAGAUGCAAAGGUGGACGAGGCUUUUGAUCCUUGGGAGGCGUUGAUGUUGCGAGAUGAUCCGAGGAAGAACGUAGAAACGAUUACAACCUCUGAGGAUCAGAGAGAUUCAGGGAACUGGUUGCUUGCGCUGGAAGAAACAGCUACGCAAGUACAUGAUACUAACCCUAUGGCGAUAGUACCAUCAGGGAACUGGUUGCUUGCGCUAGAAGAAACAGCUACGCAAGUGCAAGAUACUAACUCGAUGGCGAUAGUACCGUUCGGAUUAGAUAAUCCGAUGCCUGCGUUGCAAGCCACUACAGACCAAUACAAUCCAUUCUUGGAGGAUACAGCUACUGCGCCGUUAGCUGCGGAGUCAGACUUUCAGCCUUUAGCUGGAGAACUGAUGACCACGUUCAAUGCCUUGGCUGUGACGGAGUUUCAGCCGGAACCGACGUUUCAGGUGAACUUUCCUGAAGAUUUUGAGCCGUCGUCUACGCCAACGUUCAAGGCCAUAGGGAAUUUGCCGGAGAAGUGUGACCCAUUUGCAACAUUUGAGAGUUUUGGGUUCGGAGAGACUGUUUCGGAAAAUGGAGGGGUAAAUCAGCAAUCUGUGUUGCAAGAACAGCAGUUAUGGUUGCAGAAUCAAAACAAGAUCAUGGCUAAGCACUUGAUAUGAUCUUAAUUUGGCUAGACAGAGAUUGAGAUGCUUCUUUUGAUAAUUUUCUUUUGUUAAAUUGUAAGCUGAACUGUAACUAUUUUUUUCAUAACUAGGAGAAGAGUGAAAUACAACAAUUGUUUGAUUUUUCUGCUCAACACACUAGGA